AUGUCGCUCGAAGAUAUGACAUCAAUACCCGCUGAGGCGGUCCUGAAAGCUCAGGAGUACCUCAAGCUAAUCAAAAAAACGGCCGAUCCGAACCUUAUAUUUAUACACUGCUAUCAUAUUAUGAAGCUCGCAGGACUAGACGCAGAAGUUCCAAGGCUAGUGGUUUUCGGGCAACAGUCCAUGGGCAAAACUACUGUACUAGAUUUCAUCAUGGGUGGACCUAUCGGAUAUUCAAGUACCGAUACCGGUACCAAACAACCAGUAGUCAUCAUCAUGCGACCCCUGGAGGUAAUCAAGGAAGUAGCAGCCUCACUCAAGAUACAAAUGGACAGUAGCGAUAUCAUGGGAGGUACCAUAUGGUGUCUCUUCAACGGAAAACUCAUGGACAUCAGAAGCGUACAAGAUGCUAUGCGCGUACAUAUGCAGAGUAUCGGCGAUAAUAUCAUUGCAGAAGAACUGGAAGUGGAAGUUUUCGUCCCAAAUGGCCUUAAUGCCAUAUUCGUGGAUUUACCAGGGAUUAAAGAUGAUUCAAAAAUGGGAGCAGAAUUCACAAGAGAUGUUGUACGUAAUUAUGUACAAAAUAACCCAAAUGACCUAUACAUACUCGUCAAAAAGAGCUCAGAUGAUCCUGCUAACUGGCCAUGGUCACUAAAAGAGUUCAUAACUACCGCACCACCAACAGGUCUAGGACUAUCGCCACACCAAACGGUUGUCGUUGGAACACGGGCUAAAGAGUUCUUAAUCAAUGAAAAAACCGAUAUCAGAACUGCAGAACAACUUAUAGAAAGGGUUAUGAAGAGGGGAGUUAUAGACUCCAAGGGAAACAUGCUGCCGUUGCAUUUGGUAGAACUAUUCUCGCUAAGUAUACAGGCAAAAGAGUCCGGUGACUUUUUCGCAAACAAAGCCGAGAUGAAGCGACAGAUAACCACAGGACAAAGAGAAGUCGAAGAUAUUAUCAGAAACUCAUUCGAGUCAACAAAUGAUACCGUUAACAGAGAUGGCAUGACAGUUGUAGAACGACUUAUACAAAUGUUCAGUAUCAAUGGGUUCCUCACCACACUAGACAGCAAGUAUCAGACAUUGAUAGCAACAACAUUCAGAAACCUUGAAAGACGCUUGGUACGGAAAAAAAUGGAACUUGAACGCAGCCUACAAACACUAGAACAACGUAUGAACAGAUUGAACCCACAAAGCGUACGAGAAUCCAUCGCUCUUUUCAUUAGGCAAUUUGUCGAAGUAGUUCAAAAGAUGAUGACAGGAAAUUAUACCAUAAUGAAACUGCCAAUCGCACCAGAAGAGUUCCUCAAAUACUACGGAGGUAGCCUCAGGGAUAACCUAGAAGAUGGUAAUGAACUCGCACUUAACCUGUUUCCCCAGGGAGAUCUUUACGAAUCUGACUUCUACGAAAAAAUAUCCAACCGUACGGAGACACUUUUCAACAAAAAGUUGACAAUGAUGGACAGCGUUAAACCAGGUAGAUAUGUCAGAUAUUUCACAAGUAAAAUCAAUGCCCAUAUGUUCGGAUUAAUCGAACCGCCGAGGAGAAAUAAAACCAACUCGACUGAUGGAAGAAUCGAAAGUUACAUUUCAAAUGACUACAAAUCUGAUGAAAUGAUCAAUGUGGAAUUCAUACAAAUCAAUAAUGGACAGGAAAAUUCUUUACAUAAAAAUAUAGACAGGAGCAGAAUUAGCCUCUUGACACCACUACCAUCGCUAUCGGUAGAUCAGAUGCAAGUACCACUAUACGCAUGGCAUAAAACGCAAUCGAGCACAGGGUGGAUCCUGGUGAGGCCUAUUGUUAUAGACAGACUUCCGCCGGAAAUAAUGGUACAAAAGUCAAAUUACCGCGAAAUAGAAAUCGCAAAUAAACAAAUCGCUUUCAGGUACCUAGACAUACCAGAUACCGCAAAUGUUGACGAAGCUGAUGUAGAUGCCGCGUCAGAAAAACUAAGUGCAACUUCCGUCAGAGGAACAAAUAAAGAAACCGAUAACAAGGGUAAAAAUGAUGGAGACAAAAGCGCUCGUGACGGUGAUAAAUCAGGACGUGCAACGGAUAAAGGAGCAAAGGAAACUGAUAAAAGUGUUAACGCUGCUGGCGACAAUGAUGUAAAGAACAAUCGUUAUGUCUAUUUCACAACCUGCAGUGAAAUCUUCCUUGAGGACCCUAAGGUCGUGCCGUACUACAACAGCGCUUUGGAAAUGGUCAGUGGAGAACAUGCAGAAGCACAUCUACUCAACCAACUUGCUAUUACCAAUAUUUGUCAUUGGCUUAAGUUCCAAAUUAAACAUAUGGAACCCGAUAGACACUUCACCAGCGAAGUUAUAUAUCAAAUGCUCAGGAGUGUACAUCAUGUAGUGGACCGUGCAGAUUGGGAGCCCCUGAUUGCCGAUCUAGUCCAGUCCAACGUAAGGGGUGCUCUUUUGCACGCGGCAAGACUCUCAGCAUGUGCAGCGGCUGCUGCUCUGAGAAGGGUGUUAAAGGCGUCACUCGCAGAAGUAUUCAGAUGCAUUCAACAAUCGGAAUGUGACCAAACUCUAUACUGUCUUAGCGAAAGCUUGCACUUCCAAGAACAGAUAGAUCAACUAUCCGAGGAGUAUUGCCGUCAAAAGGCAACCGACUGUGCUACUGCAAUGAUGAACCUCAUACUGGAGCAAACUUACUCCAUCCAAUUUGAUGUAGCGGUCGAUAUAUUUGAUUACUGCUACCAGUUUGAAAAAUACUUCGUCGGAAGAGCAGGACACCGUAGCCUUAUGGGUGAAGCACUUUAUAGAGUACGUGAAAACUUCGCAAUGCGCAAGAGGAGACUUGCAAUGACCGAUAUUUUCGAAAAGUCAGACGCCAAGACGUCAUUGGAGCUUAUAUAUGAGGAAGUGAAGGUGCAGUUCUGGGCCACGAAAAUGUUGCUCGCAUCACCACUUGCUACCAAAAUUUACACCCACUUUAUCAAAGAUGUUGUAGAUAGGAUGACAAGUGACAUGAAUGACACGUCAUUCAGUAGCGAUGCUGAAUUGGAGACCUUUUUACAGAAGAACAUAUUGUAUGAAAGUAUCGACGGCAACUGGGUACCUAGAUCGAACGCACGCAUGGCACAAGAUUAUGAUGUAAAUUCCAAAUAUGACAGAUUUGCACAGCACUUCCAUGACACCAAGAACUCUCUGGAGUAUGUUACCGUGGCCCUUGACGCCAUUGCCAAUAUGAAACGUGCCGAUGGAGGACCGGAGUUCCUUGCAAAUCUUGAUAAGGAUUUCUACAAAGUAUAA